AGGAGAUGUUGCGUCGAAUACAGGGUCGUGAUUGGCCGAGCGCAACAUCACGAACAGCAUCUGCCUCAGCUUCCACCCUUGAAACGGUCGGCGUAAUGUGUCGAUUGCGUGGCAGCACAAUGUCCAUGGUAAUCCGAAUGGGGACUUUCAAGCAAUGACUUUGCCUUUCCGUCUCGAUUCGAUUCCUAACCUCCCACGAACGACUGUCAACACCGCGCCUCGGAUCUGUGAUCGAGGGCCUUGCGUUCGCCGUCUUGCCGUUAGGAGGAAAGUCCGCCUCGACGCUGGUCGUCAAGUCCAACACCAUGGCGAACAAAAUCCUCCUCACCGCGGCACUGGUCAACGUCUUCGUCUUGGCCAGCGGGGUGCUCAUCCUCACGACAGCCCUCGUGAUCCGCUCGCAGGUUAAUCGUCCCGUGACAGACGGUCCUUCGGUCCUGCGCAACCUCAUUUUCGUUCGACUCCCUCUCGAUGCUGGCAUCGCAAAUGGCGUCUUUAUUCUGAUCGCGUCGGUAUUCUCUCUCCCGGGCCUCCUGAUGCAAUCGACCCGAGGCUGGCUUAAGCUCAGCGGGUACAUGGUCACUGUGUGCGGGCUGUUCACCAUGUGCCUGGGAGUGUAUCUCUGGAUCAUGACGCUGAAGAUCGGCGAGGGGUUUCAGAGUGUGUACGAGGAACUCGACUCCGACAUGCAAUCGCUCAUUCAGAUGGAUUUCCAAUGUUGCGGAUACGUCAACAGCACGACGCCCGCUUUCGUCACCGACCCCGUGUGCCCCAGUCCGGCAGCUGCUUCAUUGUUGCGUGGCUGUCAAGCUGCAGUCUCCAGCUUUGCUAAUGGGUUUCUGGACAAGUUCUUCACAGCUGUGUUUGGUGUCGUCGGCCUCGAUACCGUCUCUAUUCUGGCAACGGCCUGCCUCUCGAAAGACCGCAAGGAUAAACAGUGGUAUCGCCAACUUGAUCGCAAAGGGGCGUCGUGGUAGAAUAGAAUCUGCAGCAAGUGCUCGCUAUGACAGAGUAAGAGGGCCAUCUCUUGCAACUGCAUGGAGAGGAAAUGGGUAUCAAAUGAUAGUUUUUUCCCAG